UUCGCUGAGAAGUUAGGAGACCACCUGUCAUGCAAGCUUGCCUGUUGUUCGUUUGCGAAAAUUAGUUGUUCUCUGUCCUUUUACCUUUGGUGGGGGUGUGAUAGGCCUGUCCGGGAAGAGAUUUAUGGUUGGAAGUUACAUGUAGGUGACAGCAGGCUUCAAAGCCUGUUUGACAGGAGGAGGAGGAAUGAAGGCUCUGCGGGGAGCGUGGCUUGGAAUACUGGUCACACUUCUAUCGAUGCUCAAAGUCAAGGGCCAAAGCAGCAUAUUGUUCAACUCCAGCCUCUAUGGACCAUGCACUACGGCCUCGCCAUGUAUGAGUCGACAAGGAGCGAUUAUAGUUGGUGGUUUCUUCUCUGUCCACGAUUCCAAUAAUAAGUCGACGUGCGGAGAUGUGAGACCUGGUGGUGGGCUUCAAAGGUUGGAAGCUGCGAGAUGGGCAUUGGAGAAUUUGCCUCUCGUUCCCACCUUGGCGCUCAACACUCAAACUACAAUCGGAUAUGAUUUGAGAGACACCUGCUCAACUGAAACGAUUUUACGAGAUCACGCCUUGGAAUUCAUAAACACUGGGAGUUCCUGCAUUCAUCGAGGAAAGCCAGUGUCAAUUGUUCUCGGGGCAUCCUCCAGUGGACUGACGUCUGCCCUCACAAAUAUUCUCACUCUUUUCGACCUACCACACAUUAGCUACGCAGCGUCAUCAGAUAUCCUUAGUAUGAGUGGUGAUACCACGUUGUUCUAUCGUACCGUUCCUACUGACCAGUAUCAAGUUUCCUCAGUUAUAGCGCUAAUGGAACACUUCAAUUGGUCGUAUGUGUCGUUAGUUUACUCCAAUGAUGACUACGGCCAAGCAGCAAACCAGGAUUUUAUUCAGCGACAGAGGGGUGCUGGCAACAGCUCUUUCCGCUUCUGCCUGGCCGCAUCUAUUGCAGUGGGCGUGCAUGCCGAAGAUAGCACGUAUCAUGAUGCAUUGGCGGAGCUGACUCGCAAUGAGGACACUGUGUGGCAUCGCAACGCCACCAUUGUCAUUUUAUUUAUGUCUGCCAAGUCGUCGCAGCGAUUUUUAGAAGUUGUGCAAGGCAGUGGAGUCUUACAAUCCAGACCGAUGACCUUCAUUGUCAGUGACACAUUGUCCGGUGAUGUGUACUCCCUACGCAAUUUAGGUGAUAAAGCUCUGGGAAUUCUGUCCGUUGAGCCCUACUUUGCUGAUGACGAUCAUGUGAAGAUGUUCCUGGACGAUUUUGAGGCCAGAACCUUCUCAGCAUUUCCAAACACAAUUGGUAACUGGUACACCGACUACUUCAAGGCUCUGUUCCCGAACUGUACGAACUUUAAUUCACCGCCAUGCAGGAAUCACCGAGUUCGUGACAGCAAGCUCUAUACACCUGACUCGAAGGUAGCAUCAACCAUUCGCGCAGCAGAAGUGGCUCUCACUGCUAUUCACGAAACCCUCCGCCAAACAUGUGUUGCACCUGGGUUUUGUUCUGCAGCAAGGGAUAGUAGACCUACUGGUAAUGUUGUGGAUUCAACAUUACUCUCUAAGAUUCUUCCAGCGCUGAAUAUCACCAACAACAAGACGAGAGUUGCGUAUGAUAAGUCAACCCGCUCCUUUCUCGAUGUGGCUCACCCAUACAGAUAUGUGGUGAAAAAUGUGAAGCGAGCGAACUCUUCAGUCAUGCAGCAGUCAGGUCGAACAGUUGACUUUGUUGAGGUAGGCACGUGGAGCCGCGAGAUGGGUUUGAGGAUGACACAGCCAGUGCGUUUGGGCAAUGGCGAAGCACUACAGAAGUCGAUCUGUGCCGAGCAGUGCCUGGAUGGCUACUACCGGCGCCUGCUGACUACCGACGGCGAUUGUUGUUGGUCGUGUGUGAAGUGCGCUCCCCAUCACUUUGCACGCGACAACACGGUGGUGUCGUGUGUGCGCUGUCCGUCCAGUAUGGCAGCGAAUAGUCGCCAAACUGGCUGCGUUGACCUGGUGCAGGAAUACAUUGGCUAUUCCAAUGCUGUCGGUGGCUUUACCGUGGCGCUUACCGUCAUUGGCCUAGUAGCCACGCUUGUUGUGAGUGCUGUCUUCAUCAAGAACAUGACCACUCCACUUGUUGUUGCCUCUAGCCGUGAGCUGAGCACUUGCCUACUCAUUGGAAUUCUGUUCUCCUACCUUUUAGUCUUUCCCUUCUUCUUGCCACCGUCUCCCGCAGCCUGUGGUAUUCGGCGGGUUGGCCUUGGCUUCACACUGUCACUUUCUCUGUCCGCACUCCUGGUCAAGACCAAUCGUAUCUCGCGUAUCUUCAACAGGCGCUCGGGAGCUGGCCGCCCAAAGUACAUUAGUCCUGCAUCACAGCUUGUGUUUACUGGAUGUUUCGUUCUGGUUGAGGUCAUACUACUGUGUGUGUGGCUGAUAUUGCAGCCGCCAACUCCCUUCCUGAAGGUUGAAACAGCAAACAGCAAGCUGCUGCUUGUCUGCAAGUUCUCCAGUUCCUUUGGCCUGUCAAUCUCCCUGGCUUACAAUAUCAUCCUACUUUUGCUUUGCACGUACUAUGGCGUGAAGACGAGGAAGAUUCCAGAGAACUUCAACGAAGCCAAGUACAUCAACUUCAGCACAUACACUAUCUGCGCUGUCUCGUUUGCCUUCAUUCCUGCGUUUGCCACGGUGCGCGAGGAUAUCAAACCAACAAUGCUGAUCCUGCCGCACAUUCUCAACAUGACGUGCAUGUUGGCCUUCCUAUUUGUGCCAAAGGCAUAUAUCAUAGUGUUCCAUCCUGAAAAGAAUGUGCGCAGCACAGCACGCCGGAAGUCCAAGGAUUACGGACGCAAGUAUCAGAUGCGCCACACGUCACGCAAGCGCCAGAGCAACAACUCAACUGGAUCGCCGGCGGACAGCGACGUAGCGCAGCCCCUGCCACGCAGUGCGCAAACAGACAUCCUUGACGAAUGCGGGAACAAGGACAUGUUAGAUUCCGGAGUGGUAUUUUUCCUGCAAACCAACUUGACACCAAUGCCGCCGUCACCGUUCAAGAAUACAAAUGAGCUUGAAGUCUGCCGUUAGAGAAGCCUUUUAGAAUACUGUCCACCUCUGUUCACCCCGAUGUACAUCUCGUAGAAUAUAUCUGCCAGUUCCUUGGACGAAUGAACGGCUAUCAGUUUUAACUUAACCGCGUUAGUUACGCUGGUCAUCUUCAUAGAUACGAAGGAGGUGGCGUGGGCAUGUUUUUAAUCUAGUACCCUGCAGCUGUGCUGCCACUAUGACUAUUUUUAACCUGUAGGAUGAGAGUGCAUGCUUGUAAAUUGAAUGUAGGCAGUGCACAUGAGACAGUGUAGUUUUAAAUUAGUGAUGUAUGCAUGCUAUCGAUGACUCUUAUCUUGAAAUGCCUCUGCGUAAAUGGAAAUGGCUUGAAAACACCUCAAUGAAUCUAAAUGCAUGAUAGCAGUCGCCAUGUAGCAGCUGUCUACGAUAACAUGAUAUUGUUAAAUUGUUAACGCUGAUUCCCAUGAGUAGCCUUGUGCUGGUGCUGAAUAUGGCGAGGCACUGAACUAGUCUCUGCUUAUCUAUAAAAAAUCUUAUUGUUGAAGCAGUGCUCAAAGAUUAUGCACUGAAUCUAGCUACUAACCUGCCUUGAGUGAUGAUUCCUUUAACACGAAUCCCUGGAAGAUAUAAUCUGAGACACUGGGACUGCUUUGAAAGGACGAUGAUGUAAACUUCUUUACAGUUGUGCUAAACGCACAGUGCAGUUGUGUGCGUAAAAGCAUGCGAUUACUUGGAGGGUGUGUGUCGGUGUGGAAUGUAUAUACAUGUAGACUCUACUAGAGGUAUGGCUACCUGUUGAGGUAUAUACAUUUGGAAUGUAUACACAUGUAGAGGUAUGGCUACCUGUUCUAAGCAGCAAAGCCUGACUGUACAGUGGUUUCGCCAAGUCCCGUGCCUGCUCACUUCUCUCCACUGCACUUCCCUCCAUGAGUUGCUGCGUGGAGUCAAGUUACACUUUCCCCAUCCUCAGCCCUGAUCGGCUAGCUGUGCGGGAUCGGUCAUUUUGUGGCUGACUGCUGGUCGUCUGGGGAACUCUUAUCCCUAUUCCCAAUCCUGCCCACUUACAUGUCAUUCUUGUUCACGGCUAAAGUUUAAAGCCUAUAUGUAUACACGAGUCACAGAGUACCACGCAUCUGGAUUGUUGUAACUAAUACUUGUAGUUUCAUGCCAGAUGGCAAUCUUCAGACAACUGAAUGUAUAUGUAUGGGGAUCAUCUCUUGAGCCACCAUUCCCCACGCAUGCAUGGUCUCUGGAAUAUACUGUACUUUCCCAAAUUUUCGUUCAUUGCAUCUUUUUUAUACCUAACUUUCAAGAGCUAGCCUAACCCUGACACACAUCCGAUAAGGGACUGCUUCUCCUUACCUGCAAUUUCUGUCUUUUGCCCUCCUAUCGAAAAUUCUGAGCACCGAAAGAUUUCCGAGAUUCAAAUACCCACAUGCAGCUCAAUGCUAGGAGACCCCUUCCAAUGGACGUUCAAACUAUUGGUAGCCUGCAGCUGGCAUUUUAGCAACACACCCCUGAUAACGUUUUGCAUUUCGGUAUACAGCCAGUCUGACGCUGCAUACGAGCUUUGUUCUCUGUAUAACUGUUAUCUGUCACCUGGGAUUGACACGGUCCUCCUUCUUCGUUUUCUUCUGCUCCAUCACGCUUCUAUUUCUCUCUCUCUCUCUCUCUCUC